GUCAUUAUGGGCAGAUUAUUGUGAUUGUGAUAUUUUUAGAUGGGAGAAAUACAUAGCAAUGAGUGUGGAGGAAAUGAGAUUAAAAGAAGGGAGGGGGAAUGCAACAAAGAAAGGGGAACGGCGAAGACGGACAGCAGUGAAGACGGCGGGGUCGUGCAGGACUCUCAGCUACUUGAAGGUCCCGCUGCGUGGCACGCUGGUUGCUCCUGUCCUUGCUCUGAGGAGGAGACAGAAGACAUUUUUAGAGCUGCGAGCAUGAGGACGGUGAGGUUGUGCCUGUGCCUGGCUCUGCUGAUGCCUUGCGGGGUCCAUGCUCAGAGGAGCAGCUCGACUCUCGCCCAAUUCCACAAGGACACAAGGAGAGGCAAGCCGACCGUCGACACUGUGAGUCGUGGCGGCGCGUUGAACUCGUUGCUCCACUCCAAGCAGCGGAUGCUUCUGCAGCUGGCGCGAGCCCCGCCGGCGGCCCAGGUGUUAAAGAGAGCCCAGCCGGGGUCUCGCUUUGCCCUGUCGCUUGAUGUCCCCACCAGCAUUCUAAGUGUCCUCAUAGACCUGGCCAAGAACCAGGACUUGAGGACCAAAGCGGCAGCCAAUGCUGAACUGAUGGCGCGAGUCGGCAAAAGGAAAUAGUCUACUAGUGUGGCAGAUAAAAAAGAUGGAGUUUGAGUGGAAAAACACUUAACACUUUAUUACUGACAAUCCUAGCUCAGAUAUAAUUAGAUAUUAGAUCUGCCUUUCUACUUGCAUCACUUGUUAAUACAUGCACUUUAAUGUCACUUGUAGAAGAGGAAAGAGCUGCACAACUCCACCAAUCCUCCGUGGGUCAUAUUCUUUUAUUUCUUGUCUUUUUGCAUGUCGUGAAUUCAAAAAAAGCUUGUUCAAUUAAAUGUGAUAAUAAUAUUUAAUUGUCGCCCACGUCUUAUUACUUUACCUCUGCAUCGACGAGCUUCAGCUAGCAAUUAAAGACAAAUGACUCCGUCACCCCCAGCACUGGAGUUGGCCGAUAAAUACCACAAAGACACAGCCAGGAUAUUGAUCUCAGAAAGAAAUGAAAGAGCAGAACUUUCAUAAAGGGGAAAUUUGUUCACAAUGCUUGUUGUGUUUUACACUUCUGGGCUAUGCUAACCAAGUCUUUGUGCUUAAUCUGCACUGUUAUGGAAGGUUAUCUCAUGGUGUGAUUCAUUUGGAAUCCUGCGCUGAGCAUGAACUGCUAUUCAACAGAGUGAAAUAAACUGUUCCUCUGAUUCACACUGGAAAUUCGCUCUCGUCUACGCCGGUCAUGUCCUUGAGAAAAUUAAACCUCAUACAGAUGUCAGACAAAUUCAACUAACAAGCACCGCAAACGCCACACAAAUCUUUCAUGAUGGAAUUAAGAGCGAUAUUUACUUACAAUAAAAAAAACAAGGUGUGGACAACUAGACAGCAUAUCUACCUCACCAUUCUGAGGACUUCAAAUCCAGCCUCACCUGUGUGGAGUUCUCUCCCUGCCUGCGUGGGUUUUCUUGGGGUAUGGAUAGGUUUCCAAUUACACCAUCUUGUGUGUCAUCGAGGUCAGAGAACACAGGUGAUGGGUGAAGCGUGAAGUUUUUUUUCCAUCGUUAAUUUAUCCGAUUGGUCUAAGGGUGGUGGUGAUGUCAUUGGAAACCUAUCCACAAUAGGUUCAUUGAAGGCUUUAAGUUGCCCAUAGGUGUGACUGUGAGUCUGAUGGUUGCUAGUUUAUAUUUGGCCAGUUCAGGGUGUACACUGCCUUUCACCCAGGUCACCUAGGAUAGGCUCCAGCACGCCCGUGACCCUUGUGAAGAUAAGUGCUACAGAAAAUGAAUUAAUGAAUAAAAAGCAAGAUUUAGUUUGUUGGAUGAAUCCUGUGGAAGAUCCCUUCUUAGCCAAAGCCUAAAUGCCAAGCUUAAAUGACUCACACUCUCUGAAUAUACAUUGGUAACAUGUCCCUGAACUACUAAUUCUCUAUAGCUUUUUGUCAUAAAUAGCUAGCUGGACUUUAAAUGACUGGUCGUCAGUCAGUCACAGGGCACGCAUAAACACUAAAUCAUCCACUAUGAACAUUUUCAGGUUUUCAGUGAACACACCAGACAUGUUUUGUGAAUAUUCGAGGACGCUGAAGCGGGGGAAACAAACAAACAAAAAAAAAAAAACAAAACAAAAACACGUUAACACCUAACUUAUAUUUUAUUAAAUAAAGACAAAUAUUGUGGCGACCGUGGAAGUUAAGCGUAGUUAAAUGAGUGGCUACAGAUGGCAAGCAAACCUUGUAAAAAUGACGCACAU